AUGCCAGCUGAUCUACUUAUCGAUGAGGCAGACGAUGGUCCGCGGGGUCCAUUCAUCGGGGAAGACGUCUUCCUCUGCAAACCGUACCGCUGUCGAGGCAAAUUAGUGUAUGAAUCCAAUUAUCAAAUGGAUGCCUGCAUGGGUAACGAACUAUUCCUAGCCUUGUUUAAAACUACAGCCCAAAUCCGCAGAGCCACCAAGUUUGAACCAAAUUGGACAUGGGAGCAUAAUUUUGAUCCCUCGUUCAUCGAACCAUGCUUACCCAAUGUACUGGAUCAUUCUGCGUCAUGGGAAGAAAUCUUCUCGAAUAAUCCUCCGAGCGUAAACGGAAACCACUUCAUUAAGGAAAUUUUUGUUAACGACCGUCAUACGCGAAAAGCAGACCCAGAUAAUUCGGAAGCACCGAAAAUCGUCGAACCACGGCAGAAAUUUCAACGAUUUCGUGAGAAAAAGUUCAUCUGUGACGAGUGUGAUAGGUCAUUUACAAUGAAGCAAAAUGUUCAACAGCAUUUUUUCCAGAUAUUUAAAACAAUAGAGAAAGCUCAAAGGCAUGAAGCACGUUUGCAUGGAGAAAGAGCUGCACCAAAUGUCUUCGUCUGUCAGCACUGCAACAAGGUAUACAAUGCGCACAGUCAAUUGAGAGAACACAUAGAUGUUGUGCACGAAAACCGUCGACCUUUCAAAUGUGAGCAAUGUGGCAUGGAAUUUGGUCGUGCAGGAGGACUUCGUCGUCACAACAUGAUGGUGCAUCAGCAUAAGAAGCAUGCAUGCCCCUACGAAGGAUGCAGUCAUCCUGGAUAUAAAUGCACUAAAGCGUUAGCUGCUCACAUUCGUUCUGUUCAUACACUUGACCGGCCAUUUUCCUGCCUUUUCUGUGAGAGAACAUUUGUUCGCAAGAAUGAUCUGAAAGUUCAUGAGUUGACUCACUCAUCACAGUGCGAGUUCUUGUGCAGCAAAUGCAACAAUUCUUUCCGUCGACUAAUUUAUUUACAAAAGCAUGAAAAACGCUGCUCAGGUGGAGGAAAGAGGCGGAAACCGGCGAUAUGUGAGCGAAGAAUCUACAGUAAAAUCCACUCGACUCAUCGGAAACGAAGAAGUUCGGUGAGCACUGCGUUUAUUCAACGGGAUAGUAUUAUGUGUACUACAGCAAACGGCUAUGCCACAAGGGCUGCCUCUAGGACUCUAGACGAAAAGAGCUCGUGGGUGUGCGAACAUUUACACGCUUGA